UGGUCUUCUAUAAUUUAUUUUGUAUCUAAGCAUUGGACGGUGCACAAAUAUGAAAUCAUUUUUUACGAUAUGUCUACAAGCUGUUCUUUUUUUAAUCACCUGCAGAGUAAUGGCCCAAUUUUUCCCAACAACACCUUUAAGUGCAGUCCAAUUAGCUGCCAACAGAAAUAAAGCGCUUAGGCAAGGGGUUUCAAAAGCAACAACAGAAAAGGAAGCUGUAAAUGUACCGCCUAAGAGAGACUGCGUCUGCUCCAAGAUCUACGAUCCAGUCUGCGCUUCGAACAACGAGUCUUAUUAUAAUCUUUGCUACUUAGAAUGCAGAGUACCGCCAUCUUUAAACGUGACUGUAGUCCAUCAAGGAAACUGCAUACCUUUUUAAUAAUUUUAAGUAAUCAUUAUUGAUCUGGAAUAAACGAUACCUUGUUUUAACUUGCCUAAUUCGACCCAUUUGCUCUGAGGAAUUGAUGUAAUUUCUCUCUCAGAAAAAUCUUAAAAAGAGAGAAACGUUGAAUUUGCUAUGGAACAGCAUAUAUAUUAUUUUCCAUAUCUUCAAUAAUACUACUUUACGUCUUUUAAUUUAUAUAUUUUUUUAGUCAUAUAAGACCAAGUAUCUAUCGAACCAAUAGCAAACUACACGUGCCUAUCAAAUUAUAGACAUAGUGACCCAAAACCGAAGCUAAUAAAUAAUAUAUCGAAUGGUAAAGAUUUAUCAACAUUCAUCCAUGUCUUUGAUACCUAAAUUAGGUUCCACGUUUAUUUAUCUAACCUUUUUCGUAUAUACCAGGGAGCC